CCCCAGCAUGCGUUUCUUUAAAGGCCGUGAAUUAAAGCAACGUGAGGAGAAACCCCAAGGAUGCGAGAAGUCACUGGCUUGUGCAGGUGCCCUCUGCCAAUUGGUUACAGAGUUUUUACGAGCAAAUCUGGUGGUUAUCCUUUGGAAAAUAAGCAAAGGCAAACCACUUCCUGCAGCUUCCAGUUGCUGCUGUGCGCUGGAGCUUUCGAAGACCUACCAGGAACCUGAAACUCCAGGCAGGCACCCUCGGUUUUCCUGGCGUUCUCAGCCGUUUGUGUUGGUGAAAUUCCCUUAGCCUGAUGGGGUUGGAGAUUGCAUUUCAGUCUUGUCUUGCAGAGGAAUUUCUGAGAUCGAGUAAUUUGGCAAGAAACAAAAAGGGGAACUUGGGGUUGUGACGCACAGCCAGCGAUAGCCUUCCUGUUUGGGGCUGGUGCCUCUUGGUUUGCAUGUGCCCAAGGCCUCAGGGGACCCGAUCCCCUCCUUUGCGUUAGCCACUGCUGGUCCCACGGGAGCUCUGGCAAUGUCCUGGGUUGUGCACCUCUCAGGGCUCCUUGCUUCCUACUUGAGCUGAGUCCCAGACUCCUGAAGCAGAGAGAGGGACGUGGCUGGCGGCCGCCUGCCAGGCAGUGGGUGAGUAAGGCACAGCCCAGAAUCCUAGCUGUGAAUCUGGUUCUGCCAACAACUGCAAAUUACUUAAGCCCCCUUUGCCUCUGUUUCCUUAUUUGUGAAACCCUGAUGACUAUACUGUCCAUUCUAAGCAUGGGAGGAGGAUGUAUUUUACUCAGUAAACACACAGAAGGCGCCUCCUUCACACUGGGCCCUAUUCUGACUUUGCGAAUAUUAAAUAGUGGAAUCUGCACCAGGCUGCUGCUACCUAGCUCCAUCGUACAGAUGAGGAAACUGAGCCCAGAGAGGGUCUGUCACUCAUCUGGUAGGUAGGUGGCAGCGCUGGGCCUUAGGCCGAGGCUUUAAACUCUGGCCUCAGAGUCUAGCUGUACCCAGUGGGCCACAUUGCCUCUCUAGGUGGGAUCUCGAGGUGUCGUAUCAGUGUGUGACUGCCCCUCCCACUUGGCCUGCCACAGCCUGGCUGCAUUUGUCAUCUUGGUGAAAUAAUGAGUCAUGCCCCAUUUAUUCUCAGAUGGAUCUGGCUUGGAGGGUUGAUUACAGGGUCAGCGCAUGUAUCCAGAGUUUAGGACAAUCUUGGGGACGUGCUGGCUCUGUGAGGGGGAGGUGGUGUGGCCAUAGAGCACCCAGACUGCCUCUCUUGGGCUGCUCGUGGAAUGGAGAUGUCUUUGCGAUCCAUGGGCAUCUCACACAUGCCAGGCAUUUGGGCGUCAUGCUGGGGAGAGUGGGGAGACCAAGAGGGAAGACAGAGCUGGCCUCUCUGGGAAGUGAGGUCACAUCUAAGACCCACCCUUCUGAGAACUGCUGUUAAUGAUCUUUGUGAUCUUUGUUUGGCAAAUUAUGGCAGUGUGGUAUUGACCAAGCAUAUUCUGAUUACCUAUUGUUUGAAUUAAAGAUUAAAAAAAAAAAGCCAGCGAGACAAAGGCCUUUGAGUGUAUGAGUGGUGUUUAUGCAUUCCCUUUCCUGACAGGCCUUAGGGCAGGCCAUCCCCAGGCUGUGGACCCACUGCUGUCCCCCCAGGUGCGCCUCUGUCCUUCAGUGUUUGCAGGAUGUUGAGGUCUGUGGCUUUCCUGGAUAGCCUGUAAGCAGAGGUGUCCUCUGGCCUCCCAGCGGGUGUGCAGCAGUGUUAGGUAUUGUGGCUGGAAAAUACAGGUUCUGGAGGCGGGUACUGAGUUGUCCCAGUGGCCUUUUAUAAAAUUGCAAUUCUCAGAUUCCAAGAAACGCUUCAGUCUCAGGGAAGCUGGGCUUGCUGGGCACCCUGCUGUAGAGUGAACCCAGGCCUGGGUCACCGAGCAUGGCUCUGCUGUGUGACUUUGCUGUGUCUUCCUUAGCCAUAUGGAGCCUUUCUUGCCUGUCCUGUCACUUACGAGGGGAGUCCAUCACAGAGGCAUCUUACUAGUGGCAGUGAACAUAGGUUUCCAAAGGUUACAAAUUAUCUUAAGAUUUCCCCAUGGUACCAGGUUAUGCUCUGGUUUCAGCAGACCACCAGGCUGGCUGUCCAGACUCAGACAGCCCUUCCCUUUAGACGCAGGUCUGGUCAUCUCAUCUUAAAGUGGAUGCGUGGAUGUGAAUUUCAGUUCUCAGCCCCCUGCUUUGUCCUUGGAAGUUGCAGCCCAUGGCCAUGCACCAGAUCUCUAAGCUAGGCUCCACAUGUCACCUGGGGCAACAGGACAGGCAGUAGCCCACCUCCUACCUGGCCUCGUGCUCUGGGUAUAUUAUAUUUAACGCUGCUCCUGAAAGCCCUUAUUUUCCAAACAGGCCGUUGAGACUUGGAAAGGUUCAAUUAUUUCUCUGCUGUCAGAAUUGGUGCUGGGCCCUCCAGCCGCCUGAGCAGCACUGCUGUCCUGGCUGCUCCCGGUGUGGUCUGCAGCCUGAGCCCACCUGUAAACUGCUUGCUACCAGUCUGUGAAGAGGCUGUGUGAGGAAGAUUUAGUGAGGAGCAUCAGGAAACUCUGCUCUGAAGCUUGUCUUUCCUUCUGAGCUUCAAGUCUCUCCUGCAUGAAAUUGUAGCUGAUUUGAGUCAGGAGUAAGGACUGCCAUCUAUGGGGUGCUUGCCAACUGGGUACAUGGAAAACUCGGUCUCCUACAGCGCCAUUGAAGACGUUCAGCUGCUGUCAUGGGAGAACGCACCGAAGUACUGUUUACAGCUCACUGUCCCUGGGGGGACUGUCCUGCUGCAGGCUGCCAACAGCUACCUGAGAGACCAGUGGUUCCAUUCUCUGCAGUGGAAGAAAAAAAUUUACAAAUACAAGAAAGUCCUGAGUAACCCAAGCCGUUGGGAAGUUGUCUUGAAAGAGAUCCGGACACUGGUGGAUAUGGCCCUUACGUCCCCCCUGCAGGAUGACUCCAUCAACCAAGCUCCACUGGAAAUUGUCUCGAAGCUGCUCUCAGAGAACACAAACCUGACCCCUCAGGAGCAUGAGAACAUCAUUGUGGCCAUUGCUCCUUUGCUGGAAAACAACCACCCACCACCAGAUCUCUGUGAAUUCUUUUGCAAGCACUGCAGAGAGCGGCCCCGGUCCAUGGUGGUCAUUGAGGUGUUCACCCCUGUGGUCCAGAGGAUCCUCAAACAUAACAUGGACUUUGGGAAGUGCCCGCGACUGAGGCUGUUCACUCAGGAGUACAUCCUCGCCUUGAACGAGCUCAAUGCAGGGAUGGAAGUGGUGAAGAAGUUCAUUCAGAGCAUGCACGGCCCCACGGGGCACUGUCCCCACCCCCGGGUCCUGCCCAACCUGGUGGCUGUGUGCCUAGCCGCCAUCUACUCCUGCUACGAAGAAUUCAUCAACAGCCGCGACAAUUCCCCCAGCCUGAAGGAGAUCCGGAAUGGCUGCCAGCAGCCAUGCGACCGGAAGCCCACCUUACCUCUACGCCUGCUGCACCCCAGCCCGGACCUGGUGUCUCAGGAAGCCACACUGUCCGAGGCGCGGCUCAAGUCGGUGGUUGUGGCCUCCAGCGAGAUCCACGUGGAGGUGGAGCGCACCAGCACUGCCAAGCCAGCGCUGACGGCCAGCGCGGGCAACGACAGCGAACCCAACCUCAUUGACUGCCUCAUGGUCAGCCCGGCGUGCAGCACCAUGAGCAUCGAGCUGGGCCCGCAGGCCGACCGCACGCUCGGCUGCUACGUGGAGAUCCUCAAGCUGCUGUCAGACUACGAUGACUGGAGACCAUCUCUGGCCAGCUUGCUUCAACCCAUUCCAUUCCCCAAAGAAGCUCUCGCACAUGAGAAGUUCACUAAGGAGCUGAAGUACGUGAUUCAAAGGUUUGCAGAAGACCCACGACAAGAGGUCCACUCGUGCCUGCUGAGUGUGCGGGCCGGCAAAGAUGGCUGGUUCCAGCUCUACAGCCCUGGAGGGGUGGCCUGUGAUGAUGACGGGGAGCUGUUCGCCAGCAUGGUGCACAUCCUCAUGGGCUCCUGUUACAAGACCAAAAAAUUCCUGCUCUCCCUGGCAGAAAACAAGCUGGGCCCAUGCAUGCUGCUUGCACUGCGGGGGAACCAGACCAUGGUAGAGAUCCUGUGCUUGAUGCUGGAGUACAACAUCAUUGACAACAACGACACCCAGCUGCAGAUCAUCUCCACGCUGGAGAGCACGGACGUGGGGAAGCGCAUGUACGAGCAGCUGUGCGACCGGCAGCGGGAGCUGAAGGAGCUGCAAAGGAAAGGUGGGCCCACCAGGCUAACACUGCCCUCCAAGUCCACGGACGCUGACCUGGCCCGCCUGCUGAGCUCCGGCUCCUUCGGAAAUCUGGAGAACCUUAGCUUGGCCUUCACCAACGUCACCAGUGCCUGCGCCGAGCACCUCAUCAAACUGCCUUCUCUCAAGCAGCUCAACCUGUGGUCCACGCAGUUUGGCGAUGCUGGCCUGCGGCUCCUUUCAGAACACCUCACCAUGCUGCAGGUGCUGAACCUGUGCGAGACCCCGGUUACCGACGCUGGCCUCCUGGCUCUCAGCUCCAUGAAGAGUCUCUGCAGCUUAAACAUGAACAGCACCAAGCUCUCAGCUGACACCUAUGAGGAUCUGAAGGCAAAACUUCCUAAUUUGAAGGAGGUAGACGUUCGCUACACGGAAGCCUGGUGAAGCUCCUAGCCUGUGAAGGAUGGCGUUGCAACUGCGACAAACAACUCUGACUAAUAGCCGUGAGCAGCAGGUCCUGGGAUCGUACCUGGCACCUGGCUGUGGGAUAGAUGGGGAGUGUCUCUGGGCAGAGGGGGGAGGGGUGGGGGGUCCACAGCACGCCCAGCCCCGCCUAAUUCUUUUAGCUUCAUAAUUGGAACCUUUGACCUGAUCUAAAGUGGACUUUGUGGCAAGGAGAGGAGCGUCAGUGGCUCGGGAGGGGGGGCGGGAGGGGGGGGGACCCUUUGUGGAUUUCCUUUGCCUUUGUGUUCAGUGCCGUGUGGGAGGGAGGGUCACCUUGAGCCACCAUCUCACCAUCUCAGCGGGACAGAGGAUGCUUUCUUCUGGAGGCCCUAGCUGAGCUCACCCACCACUGGGACGAGAAGACCCAGUCACGUCAUCCCGCCGUCCUGUGUCCUCACCAUUGCUAUGCAAAGUGGUUCUUGUACAUAAGAUUAUAAUAAUGCGCCUAUUUAAGAAAUGUCGACAAAUCGCAGGUCUGGGACCUGCUCUUAUUUAUGAAGUCUUUGGCCCCCUCCCUGCCCACCCUCUGGCGUGUAGCGCUGUAUGAAGCAGCCAGCUGUCGGGUUAGUGAUAGUGUCAUGUUAUUUUUUUAAAGGAAACAAAACAA